ACCUCGCUCCCGAAACAACAGAAGGACAGCCGUCCAACGCCAACCUGGACCAAACCACAGUCACGUUCGGACACCACCACAAUGCCCGUCGUAAAAGGAGGCGUGUGGACCAACAUUGAGGAUGAAAUCCUCAAGGCCUCCGUGUCCAAAUAUGGGCUGAACCAGUGGGCACGCGUCUCGUCCCUUCUGGCCCGUAAAACCCCCAAGCAGUGCAAAGCGCGAUGGAACGAAUGGCUCGACCCCAGCAUCAAGAAGAUCGAAUGGAGCAAAGAGGAGGACGAGAAGCUGCUGCACCUCGCCAAGCUGAUGCCGACGCAAUGGCGCACCAUCGCCCCCAUCGUCGGCCGUACCGCGAAUCAGUGUCUGGAGCGCUACCAGAAACUCCUCGACGAAGCCGAGGCUCGCGAGGCCAGCAGUCUCGGACUGACCGGCCCCGAGGGCGGUGAAACACAGGCACCCAGCGCCGAUGACGUUCGUCGCCUACGGCCGGGAGAGGUCGACCCCGAUCCCGAAACCAAGCCCGCGCGACCCGACACCAUCGACCUGGACGAGGACGAAAAGGAAAUGCUGAGCGAAGCGCGCGCGCGUCUUGCCAAUACACAGGGAAAGAAAGCCAAGAGGAAAGCCCGGGAACGCCAGCAGGAGGAGUCCCGUCGUCUCGCUGCCCUGCAGAAGCGCCGCGAGCUGAAGACGGCCGGCAUCAACAUCAAGAUCGUCACGCGCAAGAAGGGCCAGAUGGACUACAACGCCGACAUUCCCUUUGAGAAGAAGCCCACGCUCGGGUUCUACGACACUGCCGAGGAACAAGUCCGCAAUGAGAAGCAACGAGAGGCCCUCGAUCCCCGGAAACAACACCUAGCGAGCAAGCGAAAGGGCGACGGCGACGAGGACGGCGACAGCAAGAGGAGGAAAAAGGACAAGGACGCGCCGUCGGCUUCCAUUCAGGCGGCUAUCAAAGCCGGCCAGAUGCAGAAAAUCAGAGAAGCCGAGCAGAGCAGCAAGAGACGACCGUUGAACCUCCCAACACCCCAGGUCAGCGAUGCCGAGCUUGAGGCGAUUGUCAAGAUGGGGAUGAUGGGGGAAAAGGCGAGCACCGUCGCUCGGCAAAGCGAGAACGAUGCUACACGGGGCCUUGUUAGCGAAUACUCGACUCUACAUCACAGCAGCGCGCCGAUCCGCACGCCUCGUGCCCCUCCGCAAGAGGACCACAUCGCCAACGAAAUCAGGAAUAUCCGCGCCCUAACCAACACGCAGUCAUCUCUUCUGGGGGGCGAAAACACGCCUCUUCACGAGGGCGCCGGGACCACUGGCUUCGACGGCAUCGCUCCCCGCAGGCAGGUGGUUGCUACUCCGAACCCCAUGGCGACUCCGCUCCGACCCGGCCAAGAAGGAGGGGGCAUCGGGGCGACGCCGGGCAGGACCGGACAGACUCCCUUCCGGACGCCUCGAGACAGUUUCGCUCUGAACGCGGCAGAUGGCGCGCCGCCGCUCGCAUCAGCAACACCGCGAGACCUCAAGAUGAGGGAGCUGACCCUGCGCGACCAGGUCAAGAAGGGCCUCGGGUCUCUCCCCAAGCCCAAGGACACCGAGUGGGAGCUCGAGCUCCCCGAAGAGCAGCAGGAGACGACGAACGGCGAGGAAGUCGAGGUCGAGGAUGCCGGCGAACGGGAUCGCCGCGAGAGGGAGCUUCGCCAGGUCCAAGAGGCGCUGGAGCGGAGGAGGCGGACGCAAGUCAUGCAGAAGGAGCUGCCUCGCCCUGCGACGGUGGACGUCGCUGCUAUGCUCGCCGCCGCCAGCCAGGUCCAGGACGAGGCCCGGGUGCUUAUUGCCAAAGAGGCGGCAGCCCUGGUCGCCAACGACGCCGCGAAAUUCCCGCUUCCGGGAUCCAAGCUCAAGGGGGGCGUGGGCGUUCCCCCGUUGGCUACCAUCAGCGACAGCGAUCUUGACGAUGCCCGUCUCCAAAUCCUCGUAGAGACUAAAAGUAUCCCGAAACUGGAGCAGAUCCAGGCGUAUUUCGAGGGGCGUGGCCGCGACUCGCUGCGUCUCGGUCUUGGCUGCUACGGCGACAAUCCCCGUCAGGAAGAGGCCACGAUGCGAGCUGCGUUUGACGCUGUCCAAGAAUCCAUCAUCGCCUCGGCAGAGGAGGGUGCCAAACUGGAAAAGAAACUCGCGCUGCACCUGGGUGGCUACCAGAAGCGACAGAAAAUGCUCAAGGAGAAGAUCGGCUCCGCGGCCGAAGCGCUUGAGAAGGCGAACAAGGCGCUUAGCGGGUUCAAGACGUUGGCGAUCUCGGAGGAAGUCGCCAUUGCCCGGCGUCUGGAGGCGCUGCGGGAGGAGGUCGGGUUCGUCAGCCGGCGGGAGAGGGAGGCGCAGGAGAUGUACCGCCGCACCAAGGAGGAGCACGACGCGUUCAGAAUGGAUGGGGUGAAUGGCGUCCAUUGAGGGCACCCAUAAUCUUCCUCCUCCUGGGUGGCAGUGCUGUGUAGAAAUAAAUAGAUUGUCAUCGGGGGGGGGGGUGUAACCGGUUAAUUCGAAGGGGGGUUCAGCCUUCCUUCGUGGUCGCUGUGUCGGCUUGAACGGCAGAGAAAAGGGGGAAUUGGAUUGGAGGAUAUCCACGGUGUGUAAAAUUCGACCAUCUUGCCUACAUGCGCAGAGAGGGCAGCAGAGGGAGCGACAUCGGCAAUGGUGCCGUUGAAGCGAGCAUAACAAAGCUAUUGUUUGUAUGUUGUAUUGAUAUUCAUUUAUAUUCAUUUGGGAACAAAGUACUCGAAAGUGUUGGAUCUUUCCCUCCUUUGCUUUCCCGCCGGGUAUCUGAUAUCC